CCCCGGGUCCUGCAGCGCUCAGCUCGGCCAGACUCAGCCCCCUGCUCCUGCUGCUGCUUGAUCUGAAUGUGCUGAGGCUGGAGCUGCCCCCAGAGCUGCUGUGAUGGCGGCAGCGCGGGCUCCGCACCGGGACUCGCCCUGCCCGCAGCAGCGCCCUCGCUGAAGGCGGCGCGGCCCGCGCCCCGGGGAAGGGGGGCUGCAGCAGCCCGGCGAGCCGCCCACCCGCGCCGCGCCGCGGGCAUCGCCCCCACUCGCCUCCCUCCCGGCCCCGCAGGGCGGAAAGGCGGCGGCGGCUGCAUUGUGAAGCGCGCAGCGGAUCGCAGGCCCGGGAGCAGCGGGGCUCCCGCCCGAGCCCGAUGAGCCAGCCGGACAGCAGCGCCCCGGAGCCGGCGGCGGCGCCGGGAGAGCAGACGACAAAAAUGAAAUUAAGCCCUGCUGCAAGAGGAGUGAACGAGGUGACCCCACUACAUCUCUUCCAACCCAAAUGCAUCUGUGAUCAGGCUGAUGAGAGCAGCAGUACUGGGAAGAGAAGCUCUUCAAGCAGGGAGCACUUGAAGAGGAGUCCGAAGAGCCCGAAAGCAGAGGGCUCUGAUUCUGUGACAUCUCAGUCCUCGCCGAGUGAAGAGCCCGGAACAAUGACGGAGGUGAAGGUGAAAACAGAGAUACCAGAUGACUAUAUUCAAGAGGUGAUCUGGCAGGAUGACACCAAAGAUUCCAAGAAAAACAUAAAGGAUGGGCCAGGAGAUGUGCCAGCAGAAAUCUGUGUGGUGAUUGGAGGGGUCCGCAACCAGCAGACACUUGAUGGAAAAGCAGUGGAACACAGCUCUCCUGUUGGAUAUACACGAAAUCGAUACUCAGGCACCUGGAUUUUUGACCAUGCAUUGAGAUACACCUCCGGGUCUUAUGAGUGUGGAAUAUGUGGGAAGAAAUACAAGUAUUACAACUGUUUCCAGACCCAUGUGCGGGCGCAUAGAGACACUGAAGCUGCCUCAGGUGAAGGAGCCUCACAAGGCAACAAUUUUAGGUACACAUGUGACAUUUGUGGGAAAAAAUAUAAAUACUACAGCUGUUUCCAAGAGCACAGAGACCUGCAUGCGGUGGAUGUUUUUAGUGUGGAAGGGGCCCCAGAAAACCGGGCAGACCCUUAUGACCAGACAGUCAUAGCAGCAGAUGAAGUGAAAGAGGAGGAGCCAGAACCGUUUCAGAAGAUUGGUCCAAGGAUGGUGCUAAAAUACCGAGACAUUUCUGUGCUAUUUGCAGCACCAACAGACACAGGAAGUACCACAGGUCUUGCAAGAAAGCCCUUUCUCCUGAGAUUUCCAGCCCAGUUUUACAAUCCCAAAACUGGCAAUUAUACAUGUGAAUUCUGUGGCAAGCAGUACAAAUAUUACACUCCCUACCAGGAACAUGUAGCGCUGCAUGCACCUAUUAAGUUCUCUCGAUCUCCACUCUUCGUGGCAGUGAAGACACAGGCGAGCCAAUCCGGCAAAAAAACACCGGCUUCCAUAAUCCGAUGUUCCACCCUCCUGCACCGCUCCCCGUCCGGUAUCCCACCGGCAUCCCAAUCCCAGAUGUUCCGCGCUCCAAAUUCUGGAUCCCCAGGAAGCAAGGCCACGACAGCAGAAAGCGCGUUCAGUAGGAGAGUGGAAGGCAAAGCGCAAAACAACUUUGAAGAAACAAACAGCAGCUCCCAAAACUCUAGUGAAACCGCAAGUCCCCUGAUUUCAAAUCCUUUCCCGCUUUUACAAAAACCUUACACCUGUGGAGCUUGUGGAAUCCAGUUUCAGUUUUAUAACAAUCUGCUGGAGCACAUGCAGUCCCAUGCAGCUGACAAUGAGAACAAUAUUGCCUCUAACCAACCCAGAUCACCUCUGACUGUUGUGGAAGAAAAAUGGAAACCACAGCUCCAAAGAAACAAUGCCAAUAAUACAUCUGCAAGUGGUUCAGUAGCAAACAGUGCGAUCCCGGAGAAGGAGCGGCAGAACAUUGCUGAAAGGCUGCUGCGGGUGAUGUGCACCGACCUCGGAGCUUUGAGUGUGGUGAGCGGGAAGGAAUUCAUCAAGCUGGCACAGACCUUGGUGGAUAGUGGUGCUCGCUACGGUGCUUUCUCUGUCACAGAAAUCCUUGGCAACUUCAACACACUGGCGCUGAAGCAUUUGCCUCGGAUGUACAACCAAGUGAAAGUGAAAGUCACUUGUGCCCUGGGCAGCAAUGCCUGCCUAGGCAUAGGUGUCACUUGCCACUCUCAGAGCGUUGGCCCUGAUUCCUGCUACAUCCUGACAGCUUAUCAGGUUGAAGGCAACCACAUCAAGAGUUAUGUCCUGGGAAUUAAGGGGGUGGACAUCCGAGAUAAUGGUGAUUUUAUCCACCACUGGGUGCAGAACGUGAUGUCUGAGUUUGUGAUGUCGGAAAUCAGGACAGUGUACGUCACAGACUGCAAAGUCAACUCCUCUGCGUUCUCCAAGGCAGGCAUGUGCUUGCGUUGUUCGGCCUGUGCCUUGAACUCAGUCGUGCAGAGUGUGUUGAGUAAGCGAACACUACAGGCUCGCAACAUGCACGAAGUCAUCGAGCUCCUGAAUGUCUGUGAAGAUUUGGCAGGAUCCACGGGCCUCUCAAAGGAGACCUUUGGCUCUCUGGAGGAGACGUCUCCCCCACCAUGCUGGAACUCAGUGACUGACUCCCUCCUGCUUGUCCAUGAGCGUUAUGAGCAGAUAUGUGAGUUCUACAGCAGAGCCAAGAAGAUGAACCUCAUCCAAAACCUGAACAAGCAUCUUCUCAGCAACCUGGCGGCCAUUUUGGCCCCAGUGAAACAAGCAGUUAUUGAACUGAGCAAUGAGAGCCGGCCCACCCUGCAGCUGGUACUGCCCACCUACGUGAAACUGGAGAAACUGUUCACUUCCAAAGCCAAUGACGCUGGCAUAGUCAGCAAGCUUUGCCACCUCUUCCUGGAGGCACUGAAGGAGAACUUCAAAGUUCACUCUGCACACAAAGUAGCCAUGAUCUUGGACCCUCAGCAGAAGCUGCGGCCAGUCCCACCAUACCAGCAUGAAGAGAUCAUUGGCAAGGUCUGUGAAUUGAUCAAUGAAGUGAAAGAGUCCUGGGCAGAAGAACCAGAAUUUGAACCUUCUACCAAGAAACCACGGGCAGCAGGUGAGGCCCCGCCACCUCAGGAAGAAGAGCAGUUUGGGAAAAAUGAAGUCUACGAUUAUUUGCAAGAACCCCUCUUCCAGGCCACCCCUGAUCUAUUUCAGUACUGGUCGUGUGUUACCCAAAAGCAUACGAAACUAGCCAAGUUGGCCUUUUGGCUCUUAGCAGUGCCUGCUGUCGGUGCCAGAAGUGAAUGUGUAAAUAUGUGUGAGCAGGCCCUCUUAAUCAAAAGGAGGCGGCUGCUCAGUCCAGAAGACAUGAACAAACUCAUGUUUUUGAAGUCCAACAUGCUUUAAAACUGUCUUUUAAUUAAGAAAAAAAAUUAAAACACUGUUCCAAACAAAGAAAAGAAUUUAAGUUCUAAACACUGUGGACCUCAUUAUGAAAGCCCCUGGAAACCAAGUGCUUAUAUAUGUGUGUGUAUGAUUUUAUAUGU